AUGGUGCAGUACGACCACCAGGAUGGCAAAAAGGUGGAAGGCAAGUGGCUGGCACGCUAUGAGGGCGAGUGGAAAGACGGGAAGUUCCACGGGAAGGGCCUGUACGAGACGGCGGACGGGCUCAAGUACACGGGCCAGUUCGCCAACAACCUGCGAGAUGGUGACGGGAUCGAAGAGAUCAGCGAUGAGUUGGCUCUCAAGAUUGGGUACAGCAAGUACGAGGCCGCGGCACACCUGGAAUCUCCAUGA